AUGACUGCUAAAAGUAUAACCCGAACAGUCCUUAUUACUGGUUCAACAAGUGGUAUCGGACUGGGAAUUGCAAACGUAUUUGCUAAAAACAAGUAUAAUAUUAUCUUUAAUGGACUAGAAGCUGAAGGUAGUGCAAUUGCAUCUUCGAUAGCGAAAGAAAAUUCAAUUGAUUAUUUAUAUUCACCCGCAAAUGCUAUGCGCUCAGCGGAACUAAAAACCAUGGUCGAUGAAGGUCUAGCUAAAUUUGGUCAUAUUGAUAUUCUGGUGAAUAAUGCCGGUGUCCAACAUGUCGCACCUAUUGAAGAUUUUCCAGAAAAUAAGUGGGCUCAGAUUUUACAAAUUAAUUUGACUGCUUCCUAUCUUCUAACAAAAUAUUUAUGGAAACAAAUGAAACAACAAAAAUUUGGACGAAUUAUUAAUAUAGCAUCAGCACACGGACUAUUUGCUAGUGAAUACAAAUCAGCGUAUGUAGCAGCAAAACAUGGUCUCAUAGGAUUUACAAAAGUCGCAGCACUCGAAGGUGCUGCAUUUAACAUUAAUUGCAAUGCUAUAUGUCCCGGUUACGUGCGUACACCACUUGUUGAAUUACAAAUUCGAGAUCAAGCCAAAUCUCAUGGAAUACCAGAAGGCGAAGUUAUUACGCGAGUCAUGUUACAAAAACAAGCAGUGAAAGAAUUUGUACCUGUUGAGUUAGUGGGUAAUUUAGCGCUAUUUUUAGCUGGUGAAAAAGCAGGAACACUAACUGGAACUGCUAUUCCAGUCGAUGGUGGUUGGUCAGCACAAUAA